UGGGUAGGGUAAACCAUGGUACAUAUGAAAGAAACGUGUAUAACAAGUUAAGUAUAGGUUAGAGGAAGUGGCGAAGAAAUUGCAACCGUAAUUUCACCAAAUGGCAACUGUUUUUAUGAAUAAUAAAAUAUCUAUAUUAUAUGUACAGCAGUCAACCAAGUAACAAACCGGCAUAAGCUCAAAACAAAUUUCCCCCUUUUUGUAGGUGUAAUCAUUGCAACUUUUCCAUUUCUCUUUCGAUAACAUCGAUUUCAGUAGUCCGUUUUCACCGCCAUACACUUUUUCCACUUCAUUUAGGGUUUUCAACAUGUCAUGAAGCUUCAGUGAUUGAUUUACUGAAAUUGAAGAAGGAUGUAUGUAGAUAUUCAUCGCUGACUGUUAUGAUAAGAAAACCUAACGUUUGAGAUGGCGAGGAUGAGUGGGAUAAGGUAUCCAGUUGUGGACACAUCGGGGAUCAUGGAAAUUGUUGAAGAUAAGGUUUAUGUGGCGGUUGGGAAGAAUAUGAAAGAGAGUCAGUCAACUCUGCGAUGGGCGCUACACAAUUCUGGAGGUAGACAGAUAUGCAUACUUCAUGUUCACCAACCUGCAGAGAAGAUGAACAUUUUGGGCACAAACUUUUCAAUAAACGAACUUGAAGCUAGUAAAGUAGAGGCGUACCAUGAAACAGAGAGGCAGGAUAUGCGCCGGCUUCUUGACAGAUAUAACAAGACAUGUCAGCAAACAGGGGUAUCUGCCGAGUUGCACCCCAUUGAAAUGGAUUCUAUUGAGAAAGGUAUUGUUGAAUUCAUUCUUCAGCACAAUGUCAGAAGACUUGUCAUGGGAGGAGCUGCUGAUAAGCAUUAUUCAAAGAAAAUGGUAGACUUGAAGUCCAAGAAAGCUAUCUAUGUACGUUUGCUAGCACAUCCUUCCUGUCAGAUUCAGUUUAUAUGCAAAGGAAACCUUAUUUUUACUAGGCCGGCCAGGUUGGAUGGAGUUGGUGUCGCAAUUUCAUCUCCAUCACGCUUACCAAAUACAAACUCUAGUUCUGUAGAGAGUUCAUUGAGGUCAAGAUCCAUUACUGAAGGACAUAGUAAUACAUUACCGCUCACUAGUCCAACUCCAGACUACCGCCGAGUCAUGUCUGACAACCGUGGGACCAGAAUAUCGCCAAAUUCCGCUGGGGAGUUAACUCUUACAACCAGGUUACCUUCAGGAAGGACCUAUGAUGAAUGGGGUGGGAUUUCACAAAGAAGCCCUUCCACUGGUUCACGAUUCUCUACAUGUUCUAGUGAAAUGGCGGAUGAUUCAGGAUUGAUCCCAUAUGCAACAAGUGAAGCUGAUUCAGACUAUGGUUCCGUGCCUAGAUUUAAAGACGAUGUUCUAAAUCCUUCCCCUCCCAGUGUCCUGCAGGAAAGGGGAAUGAAUGAUGAACUUUAUGAUCAGCUAAUACAAGCCAUGGCUGAGGCAGAUAAUUCUAAACGAGAUGCAAAUGACGAGUCUAUCAAGCGCAGGAAAGCAGAAAUAGAUGCCAUUAUGGCUAAACGCAGGGUUAAAGAAUAUGAAAACUUGUAUGCGGAAGAAUUGAGACGAAGGCUAGAGAUUGACGAAGCUUUCAAAAAAACCAAUGAAGAACAUGAAAAUAUCAAAAGGGAGCUAGAUGAAGUUUCAGAAGAACUCCGCAUGGCACUUGAACAAAAAUUAGUUCUCGAAAGUCAAAUUGCUGAUUCUGUCCAAACGGUGCAAGAUCUGGAACGAAAAAUGUUCGAUGCUGUUGAGCUUUUGCAUAAAUACAAAAAGGAACGUGAUGACAUGCAGGUAGAGUGUGAUGAUGCACUUAGAUUGUUAGAGGAAACGAGGGAGAAACAAGCGGAAGAAGCCUCAUGCUCAAGUGCCUCUCAGUUCUACACUGAGUUCUCGUUCUCGGAAGUCAAAGAGGCCACUCGCAACUUUGACCCGUCUCUCAAGAUUGGAGAAGGGGGUUAUGGAAGUAUUUUUAGAGGUUUUAUUCGGCAUACGGAAGUUGCCAUUAAGAUGUUGCACUCGCAUAGCCUGCAAGGGCCCACCGAGUUUCAGCAGGAGGUCAAUAUUUUGAGCAGGCUGAGACACCCGAAUCUUGUAACCUUAAUAGGAGCCUGCACUGAUGCAUGGAUAAUCAUCUACGAGUAUCUUUCCGGUGGAAGCCUCGAAGACCGACUCAACUGCAAAGGCAAUACGCCCCCAUUAUCAUGGCAAACUAGAAUCCGGAUAGCUGCUGAACUUUGUUCCGUUCUUAUUUUUCUUCAUUCUUGUGACAUUGUUCACGGUGACUUAAAGCCCGCUAACAUCCUUCUAGACAAAAACUCGGUAACAAAGCUAAGUGACUUCGGAAUAUGCCGUGUGCUCUCCCAAAAUGAGCUUUCAAGCAAUAACACAUCUUAUUGUUGUCGAACCGACCCGAAGGGUACGUUCGUGUACAUGGACCCGGAGUUCCUUUCUACCGGAGAGCUUACUUCGAAGUCGGAUACGUACUCUUUUGGUAUAAUAUUAUUAAGGUUAUUAACGGGUAGGCCCGCUUUGCGGUUACAAAUGGAAGUGCAACAGGCAAUUAAUGAAGAAAAUUUGAAGAAUAUAUUGGAUCCUACGGCUGGAGAUUGGCCGUUUGUGCAGGCACAACAACUGGCUCUUUUAGCAAUGAAUUGCUGUGAUGUUAGGAAAAAUCGGCCCGAUCUUGCAUCCGAGGCUUGGAGGGUGCUUGCACCCAUGCGGGUUUCUUGUGGACUUCCGUCAUUUGAAUUCGGUUCAGAACGACAAUGCGCGAUUCCACAUUACUUUAUUUGUCCUAUCUUUCAGGAAAUCAUGCAAGAUCCGGUGGUUGCUGCCGAUGGGUUUACUUACGAAGCGGAGGCUUUAAGAGGAUGGUUAGACAGCGGUCGUAACACCUCACCCAUGACCAAUCUCGAGCUAGCCAAUUCCAACCUUGUCCCGAACCAUGCGCUUCGGUCCGCCAUUCAAGAAUGGCUCCAGCAAGCAUGAUACCAUGUUCUUUCACAACUAAUUAUAAUAUUAUUGCGUACAUGUGUACAUAUUUUGCAUUGUUGUGUAUAUGAGUACGUUAUGCCUACUAGUUAUUCUGUAUUAAAAAUUAAAAAUACUUUCAUAAACUGUUAUAAAAUUAUAUUUAGCAUAAUAUCAUGGAA